AUGCGAACUCACGCGAACAUCGCGUGCUCACGCUCAUCUUCACAUACGCACACGUACGCACGCAUGCAAGGAAGCGUGUGUGCUCUGUCGCAGUUUGCCAAUGACGUGGACGCGUCGUUAAUUAGAAUCACGGAGGUAAUUGGUAGUGGAGAGUUCGGUGAGGUUUGUAGAGGCGUUUUGCAGUGUGCACAGUCGACUACUGGCACAGGCUUCGAUAUGAAUCAGUAUGAUCGAUAUCAUUUGAAAUGUUUACCAGGCAUUUCAUUUCAGAUUCAGACGGUGGCCAUCAAAACGCUGAAGCCUGGCAGCAGUGAGAAGUCAAAAAGUGACUUCCUUACAGAGGCUUCAAUAAUGGGGCAGUUCCAGCACGAGAAUGUGAUACGUUUGAUUGGCGUCGUGACCAAGAGUGAACCGGUGAUGAUUAUAACGGAGUAUAUGGAGAACGGCUCAUUGGAUCAGUUUUUGCGCAAACACGAUGACGGUAUGUUGGGCGUAAGGCAGAUCGUCGAUAUGUUGAGGGGUAUAGCGGCUGGAAUGAAGUAUCUGACCGAGAAGGGCUUUGUGCAUAGGGAUCUGGCCGCACGGAAUGUGUUGGUGGAUGCGGAAUUGCGUUGUAAAAUCGCGGAUUUUGGACUGAGUCGGGGCUUGGUUGAGGGUAGCGUCGAGCAGGAGUACACGACGAACGGAGGCAAGAUUCCGGUGCGGUGGACAGCGCCCGAGGCGAUCACACACCGAAAAUUCACGGCCGCAUCGGACGUUUGGAGUUUUGGCGUUGUGAUGUGGGAGGUAUGUUCGUUUGGUGAACGGCCUUACUGGGAGUGGACGAAUCAGAAGGUGAUCAGCGAAAUCACGUUGGGUUAUCGUUUACCAGCGCCCAUGGACACACCUCAGACACUGCACAAUCUCAUGAUGACGUGCUGGAAUAUCGAUAGGCAUAAAAGGCCGACGUUCGCGUAUAUUCUGCAAACGCUGGAGCAUUUCGCCAAAAAUCCCGAAUUGAUAUAUGCCGAGGAGGCGGGGCUUAUGUCGUCGCCAGGAACGAUGAUGAACAAUGGCACGGGAACGGCGUUCGGGGCCACGUAUAUGUCGAUGGGGAUGAUCGGCCAAAUGGGCGGGGCAAUGGUGUCGACG